CAGUGCAUUGUGCUGGACCUCUGCAUGUAACAUUAUGAAAAUUGUCUUUUUCAUAGACCAGCCUCCCAAGCCGUUUCCAGAGAUGGAUUAUCUUACUUUUCUCUUGGCUAUUCUUCAGGUAUACAAAGCUCUGUGUGAAGAGAUGUUCUGGGACACAACUGUUAAACUGGCCGAAAAUAUGACUCUAGAAUGUGUGUAUCCAUCAAUGGACACCUUAACCCAGAUGGAGUGGUUCAAAAUCAACACAACGGAGAAAGAGUCCAUAGCCAUUUUCAGCCCUACUUACGGUGUGAUCAUAAGAGAGCCCUAUGCCGGCCGGGUUGACUUUUUAAAUGCAACCCCACCUCCUAAUGAUAUGACCCUGUCCUUUAACAAUGCCUCAGACGCUGACGUCGGGUUUUAUUCCUGCUCUCUUCAUACAUUCCCACAUGGACCUUGGGAAAAGGUCAUACGGGUGGUUCCAUCCGAGAGUUUUGAGAAAGCUGUGCCAUCAAAUAGCCACAUGGUGUCAGAGCCUGGAAAAAACAUCACACUCACCUGUCAGCUUCCAGUGAAGUGGUCAGUACAACAAGUCACGUGGGAGAAGAUCCAGCCCCAUCAGAUUGACCUCUUGACUAGCUGCAACUUGUCCCAAGGGAGAGGUCACCCUUCCAAGUACCGAAGACAGAUCCUGAGCAGCUGCCGCCAGGGAAUGGGGAGCAUGUCCAUCACUGUGCCACACCUCAUGGCCUCUGACUCAGGACUGUACCGCUGCUCCUUGCAGGCCAGCACGGGGGAAGGUGAAGGCUUCGUGGUGAGGUUGACCGUGACCGAUGGCAAAACGGAUAACCAAUAUAUCCUCUUCAUAGCUGGAGGGACAGUUUUAUUGUUGCUCUUCAUCAUCCUAAUUACCACCGUCAUUGUCAUUUCUUAUAACAGAAGGAGACCGAGACAGAAAAGAGGCCUAUUUGAAGAGUUCUGGAAUACACAAAAUAAGGCAUCUAAUAACUACAGAAGUCCCGUCUCUACCAAUCAACCAUCAGAUGGUGCAACAGAGGAUGUUUAUGUCAACUACCCAACCUUCUCUCAUAGACCAAAGGCUAGAGUCUAAGUUUUCUCCCUGAUCUGAGAAGAGUUAUAUGACUGUUUUGUACAUGAAUCUUUAUGCAGUUUCUUCCCACUACUCAGUGUCUACCAUGGAUACUGGCUAAGUUGACUGAAUUUAUUUUGAGAGGAAACAUACUGCAUUAUCUAGAGAAUUAAACAUUCUUGACAGAAAUGUUUCAGAAAGCCUGACUCUCAUCAAAGGAGACUUACUGAAUCAUGUAACUGAGCAAUUCAGGACAGAUGAAGCUGCAGGCAAGAGUCAUUCACCAAGGCUUCAACGUUGCAUCUGGAAUUACUAAUGGGCAUGAACCCAUUUCUGGAUCUGCUUCUGCAGUGCUGGACCCACUUUGCUGGCAUCAGCCUCACUCUCGUCCAGGCUUUCCCCUUGUUCUAGGAAUCCUGCUAACAACUCUUGGCGAUUUAUGAUCCUUGUUUCUAUCUGGUAGAGAGCUUACUUCUCUGGCAGAGCAAACAAAUUUGGUUAUUUCUUCUUCAUUAAACAGGCAUUAUGGCCAGAAGGGAUGAAAUGGAUUAAGUCAAUUAAGGGUUCAUUCUAUGGCUAGGAGUGGGGCCAAAGCACAUUACUAGGAAAUUCAGAGUCUCGUUAGAAAGGGUUCAGGGGAGCCUGGAAGCUGGGCUGGUUACCAGCAAGCAUGAACCACAGUGACAUUCCAAGACAUCUCUUGUUAACCAAUGAAGAGGGAAUACGUGGGUGCAUCUAAGCUCUUCCCACUUAGAAUGUGCCACAUCAGCAUAGUCCAGAAGAGUGCUUAUCAAGAAGGUAAAUGUGACAGCGAAAUCUCUUCUUUCUAUUCACCAAUAACUUCACCUCCAAGUCCAUAUAGAAUUUUUGCCUUAUAAUGGAGUAGAUCGUUCAAUAAUAACUUACUUUUUCUACUCCUGAGAAUUAUUUUUAAUAUGUGAAUUCUGUCAAGAUGAUCAGGCACCUAGCUGUUACUGUAUUUCUAAAAAACAAUUAUGCAAAAUCAGAAUACAAGAAAAAGGAGUGGUAGUUGAAGUGGUGGCAGAGGGUGGUAGGCUAGAAAAGUGAGGGGAAGAGCACUGGGGGGGCCCAAGGGAGCAGGAAAGGGGAUCAAAGAAUGGGGAGAUGCAGAGAGAAGCUUGUCCUGCUUCAUGGUUUGGCCAAAGACAACCCAAGUGGUGUCACCACAGAGCAGUUAGAGACCAUGCCUGCCAUUGUCCAAAUUCUAGAUUUGGCAAACAGUGAAAAUUAUUUCUGACAUUAAAUAAUGGUUGUAGUCACCUUGAACCACGAUGAUUACCACCAAAUAUAGUGGUCAUUCAUGUGUCAAAUAUUUGUUACUCAUCUAUAAAAGAUCCAUCACAAAUUUAGUGUCAAAGUUGUAGACCUUUCAUGACAACCAAAAUCAAAUUCUCAUCGUGUCUAAGACAAAUUCUAAUCUACAGUUUUAAGCAAGUCAGUGGCUAUUUUAUGAUUUUUUAGCCGUAAGUGCCAUGUGUGCCAAAUAAUGCAAUUGCUGAAACUGUGACCUUCCCUACCUGAUUCAGAAGAGAAAAAAUUGAAAUAACCACUUCCCAGCUGUAUUUCUAUACA